GCUCCCCGUGUCUUCCCCAGCCUGCCUUAGCUCUCAGCCUGCCCUUGUGUCUUGCCACCUGUUCCUUGUUGUUUCAUUAGUUCACUUUGUAUUUCAGUCCUGGGUUUCAGUUCAGUUUGUUGGAUCCUUUGUCCAGUUUGCUCUGCAUUGUUCAGUUUUUCUCUGCUUGGUUUGGUUUAGCACUGCUGGCACUCAAGCCUAAAUCAAGAAUUUAUUCUUCAGUCUUGCUCUGCAUCUGGGUCUGCCUGUUCUACUCUUAACAGUGUACUGUUACACCCCUAAUAGUCACUGACAGAAUCUAGAGCACAAAGUAAAACCCAUAUUGUUUUACCAGUCUUUGUACUUUUAUGUCUUUAAUUGAAAAUUGUCAUCUAAGCCAAAAGGUCUAUUAUAGUACAUGAUGGGGCAAAUAUAGUUGAAGCUAAUCUCUAUGUCCUGCCUUGGUGAAGGUUACAAUGACGUGCAUGUUGAGAUUCUGCUGAAACGUAAUCUGUCUGACCCAGUAGCCAUGAAUAGCUGCUUGUUUAUAUCCAGUGCCAUUUCCUGGCACUGGAUAUAAACAAGCUGAGUCUGAGAAAGAGAGACGAUUUGAUCUUAAGAGAAAGAUUUGAGAAGGCAGAAAAAGUAAUUAUGAGAAACAGUACUUGAUUCGUUUUCAGUUUUGCAAGAUGUAAUUGUAAUAACCACUGAUAGACAGACGGAGUAAAACAAAAAAAGAUAUUGCUAUGGAGUUUACCAGGCGUUACCUGCCAAUGGAAUGGGAGGAGCGAUGGAGGAGAGAGAAGGAGAGGAGGAAAAGAGCGAUUGAAGAAGGUGGAAAAGAAGGGAUAGAGCAGGACAACCGUGAGCUGAGAAGCAUCGUGGCCUACAAUGACUCCAGGAUGGGGUUGAUGAGUGGAAGGGGUGAGAAAGAGGGGUCAGAGGUCCAGGUGAGGUAUGGCAGUGGUUCUAGUCAGGAGGGAAUUGGGGAGCAUAUGAGCAAGGAGGCUUUCAGGGAUGAAGGACUUGGUGAUAACAUCCACACAUACUGCAGCAAAACCUAUCCUAAAGACGUUUUCAUGGGCCUUAAGGAUUUCUGGGAUUCAUCACUUCUCACAGACCUGACAGUGACCACUGAGAAUGGGAACAGCUUUGGUGUGCACUCUCCUAUACUGGCUGCUGUCAGCACUUUCAUAGGGGAGCGACUGAGGGAAGAAGGUGGAGUGCAAUCAGACAAUGAUAAGAAUAAAGAAAUCCAUAAGUGGUCCGUGUCUCUGGGUCCAGAGGUUGAUCAUGUUGGGUUACAGGCAGUUUUGGAGUUUGCCUACACUGGGGUUGUAUUAUCUUUAAACAAACACACCGUGGCCCAGAUUAAGGCAGCAGCUCAAGCACUGGGGGUUCCUAGAGUUCUCGGUCUCUGCAUCAAAGAGGAAAGGAUGAAGGAAGGUGAAAGUCCCAAGAAGGAAGAGCGAAAGAUCUCUGCUAUAGAACAGUUGAAGAUUACUCUUCAGUCCAUUGAACAGCUGUGGGCAGACAGAGUGGGCUGUGAUGUAAUUCUGGAUGUAGAUGGAGCCUUAUUUCAUGUUCACAGAGUUAUCCUGGCAGCUAGCAGUGACUUCUUUCGUGGCAUGUUCACCUGCGGAAUGAGGGAAUCCCAUCAAACCUAUGUUGCCCUUCCCUUCCUGUUAGCUUCUGAGUUAGACAUUCUGAUUAGGUUCUCCUACAGUGGGACCCUUCCACUCAACUGGGAUUGUGUUUUUGAGAUCACCUGCACAGCCCUCCAGCUUCAGUUCCAGCCUCCCAUCUCGCUUUGCCUUGACUUCAUGCGACAGGAAAUAGAAGCAAGGUCCUGCCUGGAUGUGUUGUCUUUCGCUGAGGCUUAUGGGAUGACAGAGCUCCUUGAGGAAGCCUAUGACUUUGUACUGAGGAACUUCUGGGAGGUGUCAGCCACUGCAAAGUUUCAUGACCUACAAGCAGAGAAGCUUCUAGACUUUCUACGCUGUGAUGGUCUAUGUGUGCCCUCAGAGUUGGCGGUAUUUCGAGCUGUAAUCUCCUGGGUGGAGGCUGAUCCUGAGGAUAGAUUGGGUCAGGCUGGCUUACUGAUGAAGGCAGUUCGCUUCCCCCUCAUGACCUUUCGAGAGUUCAGGGAGGUCAGGGCCAUUAACCUGCGCAUGGAGUGCUUUGGAGACCAGGAGGUGGAACUAUAUGGCUCUGCACUCAAGGAAUUUGGUUUCAGCCUUCCAGAAACCCAGGACCAGUGCCGAGUCAGGCGACCUAAAGAUGCUCUGGUUCUGGUCGGGGGAGACCAGCUUAACCCAGAUGAGGGUCAUCGCAUACCAUGCAGGGAGCUGUGGUUUGCAAACUCUCUACGCAGUGGUACAGGGUUGGUGAAGAAAAUAGAGUGGAAGAGGCUGGGUGAGAUGCCAGAAAAGCCAAAGUUCAGGCAUGGAGUUGCAGCAAUGGGGGGAAGACUGUAUGUGGUUGGAGGAUGUUACUUCUAUACCAAGAAUGACAUAAUGAAAUCCACCUACAGUUAUGACCCUGUGCAGGACAGUUGGAAGAGGCUGGCUGACUUGCAGGAGUUUAGAAGUAACUUCUCAGUAGUGGUAUACGAAGAGCGCCUUUAUGCCAUUGGUGGAGAUAAGGAGAUCAACACCAAUGUAGACAGUGUGGAGAUGUACAACACUGACACUGACUCCUGGAGCUAUGUCCAGCCCCUGGACCAGGCUCUGAGUGGCUAUGCUGUCAAUGUCACAAAUGGAGGAAUCUUCAUCUCUGGAGGUUUCAACUGUAAGUAUGUGUGUCUGGUUUCCAUGUUCCUGUACCACCCAGAGACCGGAACCACUUACUUGGCAGACAUGACCCAUGACCGGGCCCAGCAUUGCAUGGAAGCCCUGCAAGGUCAUCUUUAUGUUGCUGGUGGUGUAUGUAACCUGCAGAAGUUUUACACCGACCAACAAGCCUGUGAGGUGUAUGACCCUGUGGCUGAUUCCUGGACUGCUUUUGCAUCACUGCCUGUGCCCCAUGUGGGUGCAGCAUCAGCUGUUCUGGAGGAGAAGAUCUAUAUACUGGGAGGAUACUGCCAGGAUGACUAUAGUGAGUCUGGACUGGUCCACCGGUUCAAUCCCAGCACACAGCGAUGGGAGAACAUGGGUAAACUGCCUGGAGCUGUUACUGACAUUCGGGCCUGUCUGAUGCGAUUGCCCCAGCACUUAAGACAGUAACAGGCUGGACAACUUCAAGGUGAAAUCCAAUUAGACACAAAAACAGGUUAUGGCAAUCAAAGGUGUUAAAUAUCAAAAUGUGGCGAAAAUUAUAUUAAUUGUUAGAAAUUGACAGACUUUUUGGUGUGAUCUACUAGCAAACAUUAAUGAAUUAUACUAUUAGUUCUACUUUUUCAUGUCAAAAUAUAAAUUAUCGGAAUUAAAGUCCAGGAUGACUUUUGUAAAUGCCAGAUCCUUUUUGAAGAAGUAGAAAUAUACACUAUGAUCAAGCUCAGAUUACCAACCAGGCAAAGCAGGCAACUGUCCAGGGGCCCCAAAAGCCCAGGUUUAUUCCGUAUCAGUCGGGUUUACAUAAUUUGAUUAAUUCAAAUCAAAUUUCCUAGAAAUUUGCACCACUGAAGUACCACAAUAUAGUAAUAUCAACUAUGAAAGGUCCUCCAUCUAGUGGCCCUGGUCUAAAAGAGGGGGCUUGUGUAAAAAUUAGUAUUAAGACCUGAAUUGUUUUAGUUUAUAUUGUAAAGUUGUACUUCAUCAAACUGCACACAAAAAACCUGGGGCAAGGUGGUAUUAUUCAGUCAUAGUAGUACUGUAUGGUUGCAACAAUUCAUUUAGCAGUAUGUUUGUUCAGUAUAAAAAGAUCAGAAAAUAGUGAAGAAUGCCAAUAAUUAUUCUCUGAAGCCCUCUCUGAAUCAAAAUUACUUGUUUUGUUCUGAAAAACAGUCAAAAUCCCAAAGAUGUUGAAUUUACCAUCAUUAAAAAGUGUGAAAACUAGAAAAUAUUUACAUUUGAGAAGCUGGCACCAGUGAAUUUUUAGCAUUUCAUUUUUGAAUUUAAUCCAUUAAUCAGUUAAUCAAUAAAUCAUUUCAGCUCCAGACUGCUAUCAUUUAUUGUGGGGGUCACUGGGGACCCAACAACACAUUUUUGCCCUGGGACCCCAUAGAAGGUUAAUUCAGCCAUGACUAUGAUCAUCUAAACAAAAUCAGUCAGUUCCAUUUUGUAUGGUGUUUUAUUGUAGAAACAGAUGAUCAUUUUGUAUGUGAAAGAAUUCAAAAACACAGAAUCAAUAACAAAGGAGAUAAUAAUGCUACAUUUUACACACUUGUAACAUAAAAUUGAAACAUUAAGACUGAAUUGUAGAAUUUUAACAAAGUUAAUUAAGUUUUUGUGAUGGUUUUGAUUAUGGUUUACAGAAAAUCUAUAUAUACUCCUCAAUUUUUAAAAUAUUUUUAAGAAGUAAUAGUGUCAGUUGUUUAUUUGUCUCAUGCAAGUGCCAACCUGUAGUGGAUAAACAUUUGUCAAAAAAAAAUAAAACAACAAAUGCAAAGAACAUAACUUUCCAUAGUACAUAUUUCAAGCUCUACAGAUAAAAUGGGCCAUGAAAAGGUUUAAUUCCUAAAACAGUUAUCAUACCACCAUAAUUUAAAGCCCUUAAAUCAUCACACAAUUAGCAAUGAAACAUGAACAUGAACUUCACCUAAAUGACAUAACAAACACCCUUUUUUUCUUAAGGGAUACUACUAAACCUACUAUGGUAGUAGUAUUCAGUAGGAUUCAGAAUUCUGGAUUAUACUCAUGAAAUGCAAUAAGUAUUUUAGAUAAAGUCCAGGCCUGUACACCUCAUCAUUUGCAUGCAGGAAGUAAACACAAAGUACAGUACUAUCCUCUCUGUCAGGGAAAGGCAUAUGAUCCUUAAAUUAAUGAUGUUUUUUUAAGUGGACCCAUGAUUUAACCCAUGUUUAAUCAUAUACAUAAAAAUACAUUCUUAUUUUUUGGAUUUCAACAAUGUAUCGUAAUAAAUCAACACAAUAAAUAAAGAAAUCAAUCUCAGGAUAAUUGCACUCACAAGAGAAAUUGCUGAAAGGAAGAAAAAAACAAGACAAAAAGCAUCUUGUCCACAUUC